ACCACAAACCAACUCCAAAUGCUAAACGAACGUUUUGCGCACCCUCUUUUACAUACCAGUGUAAUUACGCCCCACUCAGCCAGCAAACGACUACUCGUAGUACCGCCUGUACAAGGACGGAAUCACAAGACGGCACAGCUAUUACAACAAGGACGACAGUGACAACAAUGGCCUCGAGUGCUCCGAAGCCAAUGUCGCCUUUUGCCAAGUUCCGUCAGCUUGACAAACAAAAUUCUCUCUCAUCGCAGUCACCUCCUAACUCCCCUAAGACACCAACAACUCCGACGACACCGUCCGCCGCGAUGGGUCCCAUGUUUAAGUUUACCGAUCCCGCAUUGAAUCGUCGCGCCGCAACUGUUAAGGAUCAAUUGUUGCAGUGGUGCCAGAUGAAGACGAAGGAAUACGAGAACGUUAAAAUAGAAAACUUCUCCACCAGCUGGUCAGAUGGAAUGGCAUUCUGUGCGCUGAUUCACCACUUCCUACCGAACACUUUUGAUUUUAGCAAGCUAACACCACAACAGCGACGCCAUAAUUUCACCCUCGCCUUCCGAGUGGCUGAUGAACAAGCCGGGAUCGCGCCCUUACUGGAUGUGGAUGACAUGGUUGCAAUGCGAAAGCCAGACUGGAAGUGUGUCUUUACCUACGUGCAGUCGAUUUAUCGACGCUUCAAAAACGAAAUUUAGUGCACCCUUCGGGCAUCGUACCGGGGACGGAUCGAAGGAACCUCGAUGGGGCCCUUCGACUACGACACGCCGGCGGCAAAUGAAAAGUUGUUGUUUGUUAGUGUUUUGUAUUUAUGUUCGUUUUACUACUUGUUUUUUUUUAACGUUAGUUACUUUUGCUUUGCCACCUGUCCGUGGACUCUCUCGGUUAUUAUUGCAAAGAUGGAUGCACGUGCGUGGUAGCGAAUGCCCUUCCGUUUCCACCCUUCAACACGCCUUUUAAGUCCCAACACCCACCCCAACACAAGCUCUUUUCGCUUGGAAGGGAAAAGACAAGCGUUUCCCGUCAUUUCGUAGCUAAACCUUUUGUGUUGCGGUCCCAAACAUUCAACCGAUUCUUUUGCUUCUUUCCGACGAAGUUAAACCGAAUCAGACACCUGAGUCCCCCUUGAAGAGUGAAGAUUCCAUCUGGAUCCGCGGUAGAAGUUUAUUGAUAGGGUUAGACGCACGUCCUUGCGUAAAGGAGAAUAUUGGACACUUUGUUGUAUACCAUUACGUACCAUUACCACAUCUGCCGCCUGACUUAUUUGUCGCUUAGUAUCGUGGUGUCGAGUAGAGUUGGGUAUAUGGGACGCUCAAACCAUCCACGCUCACUGACAAUGCGACUAGUAGCUCUAGUAUGUGAAGGAAUGUGUGAAACGUUCGGAAAAGGUGACAGAUUUGUUUGUUAAAGAUAACAGUUAAUCGAGGAAUUAGAAAUGCGACACCACUGGCACGACUAGAUGUAAGUGAUCAUACCAGCACGCAGAUAUAGACGUGUUUUGCUCCUUUCUAUCAAGCAUUGUAAUCGACUCGAUCCCAACACCCGAAUGAACGAUAAAAACAGCCGGCAGAGAUUAAGUAAUAGCCUAAAUGUAUAGAAUCAUAUACAAGAGCAAUGGAUUGUUUUGUGGAGCAUGAUUCUAUCAGAUUUUCAACAUAUAUAUUUGAACUGUUGUUCUUAAUAAAUAUCAGAACGAGCGAGUAAAUAAAAGCUGGUAGCAAAGUAGGACAAGCUGUUGAACAAACAAGAAGUGCCCAAGAAGAAGAAAAGUAUGUCGAUUAACGGCAGGGGCAAACGACAUCUGUUUCUGAAUAUCAGUCGCGGAAUACGAACCAGUUGCCGAGGUGGAAAAUAAUCAUUAAAAUUGUAUUGCAGUGAAGCAUGACGCGGAACAGGGACGUCAACUCGAUUCUGACGAAUGAAGAUUUAUAUAUUUGUUUGCUUCUGUUUAUGAUGUAAUAUUAUUCUCAUAAUUAAUGCUAGUACUCUCUUUAUGCUAUCGCUUUCUGGACGGCUUACGAAAAACCUGUUAAGCUUGUUCCAGCCGCGUUUAAAACAUGUUUAUCUCAUUUUCACUGUCUUGUUUUUGUUCACGAGAACCGCAGUUGGUAUUACAUUAUCUUGAUAUAAGCUAUUCUUUUUCGGAAAAGCAUUGAUUGAUGAACAUGAUUCUCCAGUACUAAUAGCUACAAAAAAUGCUAUAAAACCGAAAAUCGCACACCGGAUGUUCAGCUAAGUUAAACAUUGUUAUAUUCGAAAAGAAAAAAAAAUUUCUGACCAACACCGCAAAGAGAAAGAUUCCCCGCAAAGCUAGUUGGGUGACUUUUUUUGGAAAUUGAUUACGAAUAUCUAAACGGUACGUACCGAACGAUACCGCUUAUAAUAUGUUUCGGACACCGCAAUUUGUUGCUGCUAUAAGUGUGCUGCGCUUCUAUUUUGCAUUGUAAUUAGGGCCAAUUGAUUUGUAGAGCAAAAAAAAGCUUAAAUGAGAAAUAAAUGAAAAUGACUAAU